AUGAGCAACGAGAGCAUCCAGACGAUUCAAGCGAUCAAAUCGGGUCAACGACAACGACCCGACUCGAUCGCUCUCCUCGCUCGUGAUGACUUCGCGUUGACCAGCCCACUCUCACCGCCCGCGUCGACCACCUCGUCCGGCGGCGCCAGUUCCGUCGAUCGCCCCCCUUCAAUGAGUGCCGGCGGGGCAAUGCCCUCGUCACGGCUGUUUCCGAUGAGGUCAGUCACGCGAGGUGUUGAUGUGCUACGACGUGCAGCUGUCUACGCAACUGUCCACCGUAUUGUUCUGAUUACCCGCUGACACUCGACCCUGAACCUCGCAUUUGUUACCACGAUCCCCGUCAUGGCUCAACCCCCGCCGUCGAAUCGUCGAUGUGCAUCUCGCUACACCUUCGCUUCGUCAUAUCCGUGUGGUGUCCUCUGUCGAUCGGCGUGUGCAACAUCCGAACUCGAACGGAAAUAUAAUCUAAAUGUCUCUUCUGUCACGAUGAUGUUGCCGAUCUCACCUGUACAGGAAUGUGAUGCACUACCACUCGUCGAAGGGAAAGGAGCGUGCUGCUCCGAUGUCACCGGGCUCGCCUCCGUCAUCGGCGUACCCACUCUUGUCGCCGGCCUUUUCCAGAGCUUCGGGGACCUCUGGUAUCACCUCUUCCAUCGACCCUUUUACAUUCCACGCAUCGGCGCCGCCGGCGAUGCCGACCACGCGCGAGCUCGCGUCAAGGGCCGAGACCCCCGGCACCGCGUCGUCCGCCCAGACCGUCCCAUCGGAGGGCGCGCAGUCCGACAUACCCUUGCUGAUGACGGCUCGGUUCGAGCAUUCGGUUGCACCGGAUGGGUCUCACCACGUAUUGACUGGAAGGGACGGGGUCAUGGAGAGAUGCGAAGACGAGGUGAGUUGGACGAGCGGGCUUGUAGACAGCUUACAGGAGCUUGCGCCAUCUCGUUAGCGAAAUGUUGAGGCGCUGACUCCUGCGCUUCGUUUUCUCGUGCCUUGCAACUCUCACGCUUCCCCAACACAGCCAAUCCGGGUACCUGGUGCGAUUCAAGCCUUUGGGGUGCUGAUCGCUUUUGAAGAGCAACCGGAUGGCAAGCUGCGGGUGCAGCAGGUGUCCGAGGUGAGCAGGAAGGAGCGCGGAAUUGCACCAUAGGCUCAACCUAGGAGCCGUAGGACUGAUCUGGUCGCUUCGUUGCAUCAUCCAACGUCUUCCGCAGAACUCAAAUUUUAUUCUUGGUAUGCGGCCAAACGACUUCUUCCGCACCCAGUGCCUUACCAGUCUGCUGGACCCCGAAGAAACCGACGCAUUGCGGGACGCGCUCGAUGCCCUCGACGAUCGCGACGCUGAUUCUGCCAACUUGGACGAAGGGCCUAUCAACUUCCAGCUCUCCGGAACGGGCCGACCUGGCUCGGCUGCGGCCGAUGCCCAGGAUUCGUCACGACUCGAAUGGUCGUGUCAUGCCGCGCUGCAUCGGCCCGAUCGGGUCAAUCGGCCGAAAAUGGCCGUACUGGAGCUGGAGUUGAUGGACGACACGGUCAAUCCGUUGACGACCGAGUCCACGGAGCCGGCAUUGCAUGAAGAAAAAGGGGGUAUGGAGACGGACCAACCUUUCGAGCCGACCGAGGAGGAUCUGCAAGAGAGUACGGUCUCGCUGGUCAAGCCGUUGCGGUCAUUGGCGCGGAUGAAACGGCAGCGCCGGGCAAAGAGGUCGCAAGCGGAUGUCGACGUCGUGACCUUGCUAUCCAGUAUCAACGACCAGCUCUCCAAAGCUGAAGAUGUUAAUGUCUUCCUCAAGAUCACAGCCGGUGUCUUCAAGGAGUUGACCGAGUUUGAUCGCGCAAUGGUCUACCAAUUCGACGAGAAAUGGAAUGGUCGCGUUGUGGCCGAGCAAGUUGACUGGUCACGCACAAAGGACUUAUUCCGCGGUCUGAACUUCCCUGCCUCCGACAUCCCUGCCCAGGCCCGAGAGCUAUAUCGCGUGAACAAGGUACGACUGCUGUACGACCGAGACCAACCGACCGCUCGCCUGUGCUGCCGCGACGUCUCAGAAGUCGACAACCCACUCGAUAUGACCCACUGCCAUCUGCGAGCCAUGAGUCCAAUCCAUAUCAAAUAUCUCGGUAACAUGGGGGUGCGAAGCAGUAUGUCGAUUUCGAUCACUGCCUUUGGGGACCUAUGGGGCCUGGUCGCCCUGCAUACAUACGGUCGGUAUGGUCAUCGAGUCUCGUUCCCCGUCCGACAGCUGUGCAAGCUCCUCGGCUCGUCAAUUUCGCGAAACAUCGAGCGGCUAUCCUACGCAAAGCGACUGCACGCUCGCAAACUGAUCAACACGGCCCCGAGCGAGGCGAACCCAUCCGGCUAUAUUCUGGCCAAGUCAGAGGACCUCCUGCUCCUCUUCGACGCCGACUUUGGAGUGCUGAGCAUCGGUGACGAGGCCAAGAUCCUUGGCUCUGUCGCCAAUUCUCAAGAAUUGCUCGCCGUCCUAGAGUACUUGCGCGUAAAGCAAUUCACGACGAUGCAGCACUCUCAGGACAUCCGUGCGGAUUACAACGACAUCGACUACCCUGGUCCAUUCGAGAUGAUCGCCGGCUUGCUCGCCGUUCCCCUCUCGAGCGAAGGCCGCGAUUUCAUUGUCUUCUUCCGACGCGGUCAACUACAGGAAGUCAAAUGGGCCGGCAACCCGUACGCGAACAAGACGGAAGACGGGGAUGUUGGUCAGCGCCUCGAACCACGCAAGAGCUUCAAGACCUGGAGCGAGGUCGUGUUGGGGAAAUGUCGCGCCUGGACGGAUGAGCAGAUGGAAACAGCGGGCGUGCUCUGUCUCGUUUAUGGCAAAUUCAUCACGUGAGCCGUGCACCGCGGAAAGGAGCAAGGUAGCGAGAGAAGGCAUGGUGAUCUGGGCUGACGUGAACUUUUAUCUAUACAGUGUGUGGAGGGAAAAGGAGUCCGCUCUCAAGACCAGCCAACUGAACAGUCUGCUGCUCGCCAACGCGUCCCACGAAGUGCGCACCCCGCUCAACGCGAUCAUCAACUACCUCGAGCUCGCGCUCGAUAGUGAGGUCACGGGUGAAGUGCGCGAGAACCUUACACGAAGUCACGCGGCGUCCCGUUCACUCAUCCACGUCAUCAACGACUUGCUUGAUCUGACGCGUACCGAGAGAGGCCAAGACCUCUACCUGCAAGACCCGUUCAACCUGUCAACAACACUGGAGGACGCCUUGUCGGUUCACAGGGCUGAGGCCAAACGUCGGGGUAUCACGCUCGACGUGGUUGAAACCCCUCAGGGGACGCCAACAACGUUGCUCGGAGACCGAGGCAAGAUCCGCACGAUCGUCAGCAACAUCGUCGGCAAUGCGGUCAAGCACACGAAGAGCUCGGGCAGCGUCACAGUCGAGUGGGGCGAGAUGACCGACGUGGAUCUCGAGGAUGCCAUGGAGAAAAAGACCGACAGUAUCCGCAUUGGGCUGUCGAUCAUCGACACUGGCGUGGGUAUCUCAGAGUCACGCCUUGAGUCCUUGUUCCGCGAGUUUGAGCAGGUCUCGACUGUCGGUGAUGACCAGGGUGGGGAGGUAGCGUCCUCGGGGGGAACUGUCGGACUUGGACUGGCCGUUGUUGCUCGCAUCAUUCGCAAUCUGGGAGGUCAACUGAGGGUCGAGUCAAAGGAAGGCGAAGGCUCCAAAUUCAUGGUCAUCAUCCCGUUCCGACUCCCCCAGCAGCCGAUCUCCCCGCCCGGCAGCUCCACAAUGGACGACGACACGUUGGCGGCCUCAUCGCGAACGAUGAGUAUCGCUAAUGGGCAAAGGUCGAUGGCCCGCUCCAACAGCACUGGUUCCGCCGGGUCGAAGAAUUCGGACAUCGACUCCAUCAUCAGCGCCAUGUCGAGCUCGCACAUGAGCCCUGGAGCUGGCAACCAUAUGACGAGCGGCAACCAGCGAAUGCUGCAGGCGAAAGCGUCGCGCGCUUCGAACCCUUCCGCUUCGAAUCGAUCCAACCGCUCUGAAGGGUCGAUGCGCUCAAAUCGAUCCUACAACUCGACGGGCACCGUCGGGAGCAAGGCCGGGUCGAACGGCUCGAUCGAAAUCGACAGCUCGAACGUCGCACUACGGGCCAUUCGGGUGCCGCCACCUAUGCGCUCUGCACAGGAGUUGAAUUUUCCGGGCGGCGAGCAGGAACGAGCGGUAGUACGCCGCGGCUCGCUCACUCGGAGUGGAUCGCGCAGCGGUGUACUCGCCUCCUCCGAGGAGCACCGAGGAGAGAUCAAUGCCGUCCCGGCUACGACGAAGAGGAUCACAAACAAUCUUGCGGCCAUUGCAUCGCCUACUUCAUCCACACGGAUGGAUUCUGUCGACGCUACCGCGAAACGGGACGGGGACGCCGUCAAAACCGGCGACGCAAGUCUUCAGCCACUGGUCGAAAAUCCGAUACACGUGAGCCAGUACAAGGCAUCACCACCGGCAGUGCAAGAGGAUAAUGUUCCCUCGAUGCGCGUACUGGUUGUCGAGGACGAGCUCGUCAAUCGUAUGAUCCUGCAAAAGCGACUGACCAAGGAUGGCCAUGAAGUCGUUGUCGUCGAGCAUGGCGGUGAUGCCGUGCGGCUGUUCAAGGAGGACCGACAAGUGAGCCCAGUUUCUGUGUCCUUAUUUGAUGAGGUGUGUUACAGAAAGCUGAUGAAGAAAUAUGCCUUGCUAUCAGUUCGAUUGUAUCCUGAUGGACCUGCAAAUGCCGAUCAUGAGCGGUCUCGAGGCGACGCGUCAGAUCCGGGGGAUCGAGCUCGACGAGCCCGUCUCCCUGGCGCAGCAGAGGCCUUCGUCGAUAUUGAACGGCCAGAUCCCGAUCCUUGCCGUUUCAGCAUCGCUUCCGGAACGCGAACGACCACUGAUUGUAGAGGCCGGUAUGGAUGGGUGGUGCCUCAAACCGGUCGAUGUCAAGCGCUUGCGCAAAUUGAUGCGCGGAGCUAUCGACGCCGCUGUGCGGAGCGAAGACGUUUACCAGUCAGUCCACCAUUCUCACGAUUUCCUGAUCCUGUUGGCAUUCCAAAGGCGCGUGAACUCAUACUCGAGCUUUUGUUCGCUCACAGAGCUGGCUCGUUUGAGAAAGGCGGAUGGAACUUCGAAGCGCCGUCGCGCCGACCGCCCAAGCCCGACGUGGCCGACUGGGUUCAGAACCUGUCCAAGUAG